CGGACCAACGGUAGUCAGAUUGGUGAGAAUUAAUCGUUGAACUCGAUCGGUGCACUAUGGCUGCCAAAAUUCAACUUCUCUUUCCGCUUUUCCUCUCUGCCUUGAUCGUUGCUGCCCUCGCGAGCCCUCUCGACGAUGCAGCGAACGACAAUGGAGACUGCAACAAGGCAUCGGCGAACAUUAACAAGCUGUUCGAUAUCAUGUUACCCACACUUAAGGAUGUUAUCCUGAAGCAUAAAUUAGAUCCUAUGAGACUGCAGGAUAUAUCGGAAAAUCUGGAAGGACCAAUAAUUCAUAAGAGAAUUCUGAAUUUGACCAACGGUUGGUUCCAAGGACUAUCAGAUGUACAACGGGCGAAAGACGUUAUCUUGACUUUCGAAAAUAAAGUCCUGACUGUGGAUGCUACUAUAGGAUUCGAUGCUCUUGGUGUCAAAUACGACUACCUUUUCAAAGAUUUGUUGAUCUCGAGAACGGGAAUUAUUCACGGUCGUCUAAGGAAUAUGGAGAUUCGCGUAGUCGUAGGAUUGGAUAUGAACACCUACAAAAUUAUCCUUCCUACGCUCCAGAUCCAGAAAAUCGAACAAUUCGUGGUGACUCUCGAGGGCCAUAAACUCGAUCCCAUUCUGAACGCUGCGGUCAAAGCAUUCACCACAAUUUUCCGGAAGAAGGUGACAUCUAUGGUGGAAAAAGAAGUUUUGAAGGUAGUACGAUUCUACGUGGAGCAGAUCAACGAAAAUAUUCCAAAACCAGACCGCCUGCACGAUAACAACGACAUUCUGGAUUACGUACCGGCAUCGUUCUUAUUUCGUCUUGUUUAACCUAUCAUGAUACUU